GUCUUUCCACGUGAAAGGAUAUUAAAGAAACACAAGAAAAAAUCCUCCGGGUUUUGAAUCAAAAUGGAAAAAUAUGAGAACCUAGGAUUGGUUGGAGAAGGGAGUUAUGGAAUGGUGAUGAAGUGUAGGAAUAAAGAUAGUGGAAGAAUUGUAGCCAUCAAGAAGUUCUUAGAAAGUGAUGAUGACAAAAUGGUUAAAAAAAUUGCUAUGCGAGAAAUCAAGUUACUAAAGCAACUGAGGCAUGAAAAUCUGGUGAAUCUUUUGGAAGUGUGUAAGAAAAAAAAACGAUGGUACCUAGUCUUUGAGUUUGUUGACCAUACCAUUCUUGAUGACUUGGAACUCUUUCCAAAUGGACUAGACUACCAAGUAGUUCAAAAGUAUUUGUUUCAGAUUAUUAAUGGAAUUGGAUUUUGUCAUAGUCACAAUAUCAUACACAGAGAUAUCAAGCCAGAGAAUAUAUUAGUCUCCCAGUCUGGCGUUGUCAAGUUAUGUGAUUUUGGAUUUGCACGGACAUUGGCAGCUCCUGGGGAAGUUUAUACUGAUUAUGUGGCAACCCGAUGGUACAGAGCUCCAGAGCUAUUGGUUGGUGAUGUCAAGUAUGGCAAGGCUGUUGAUGUGUGGGCCAUUGGCUGUCUGGUAACUGAAAUGCUCAUGGGGGAACCCCUCUUUCCUGGAGAUUCUGAUAUUGAUCAGCUAUAUCAUAUUAUGAUGUGUUUAGGUAAUCUCAUUCCAAGACAUCAGGAGCUAUUUUAUAAAAAUCCUGCAUUUGCUGGCGUAAGGUUACCCGAAAUCAAGGAAAUGGAACCUCUUGAAAGACGCUAUCCCAAGCUCCCUGAAGUUGUGAUAGAUUUAGCAAAGAAAUGCUUACAUAUUGAUCCAGACAAAAGGCCCUUCUGUGCUGAGCUCCUGCACCAUGAUUUCUUUCAGAUGGAUGGAUUUGCCGAGAGGUUUUCUCAGGAACUACAGUUAAAAAUACAGAAAGAUGCCAGAAAUAUUUCUUUAGCUAAAAGGUCCCAAAACAGAAAGAAGGAAAAGGAAAAAGAUGACUUCUUAGGUGAGGAGAGAAACACACUUGUGGUGCAGGAUUCCAAUGCUGAUCCCAAAAUUAAGGAUUCUAGAGUAUUUAAAAUAAAAGGGUCAAAAAUUGAUGGAGAAAAAGUUGAAAAAAUCAGUCGAGCUUCAAAUGCCAGCUGUCUCCAUGACAACGCGACUAGCCACAUCAAAACAGUGCCUUCGACAAGCCUCAGAGAUUGCAGCAAUGGCAGUGUGGACCACGCGAGGAAUCCAGGCAUGGGAAUUCCCCCACUUACACAUAAUCUUUCUGCAGUAGCUCCCGGUCUUAAUUCUGGAAUGGGGACUAUUCCAGGAGUUCAGAGUUACAGAGUGGAUGAGAAAACCAAAAAGUAUUGUAUUCCAUUUGUUAAACCAAAUAAACAUUCUCCAUCAGGCAUUCAUAACAUUAAUGUGACCACAUCAGUCACCAGUGAAAAGAGCCUUCUUCAGGCAAAUCGGAAAAGAAGAGAUGUCCAUUUGCCUGAAUUAAACUAUAACCAUCUCCCUGAACUAAGAGCCUUGGAAGGCAUAGCUCGAAAUUCCAGGCUAAUAAGGAAAGAGAACAAAAAUCUUUCAGAAUCUCGAAUUCCUUCCCUGGCUGCUAUUGACUUGCAUGCCUCCAGUGUUGCAUUGCCUCAGGUACCGGGAUCUCCCUUGUCUGAUGAUUCAGAGGCUGACUUACCUCGAAUGGAACACCAGUACUGACCGUCAAUUUGGUUCUAAACUGGAUGCUGCUCUAGCACUUGAGAUGCAACUUGGAACAAAAGUGCUGAUGUCCUGGGAGGAGAUAAGCGUGGUUUUGAUCAUUUACUUCUGAACUGCUGGCAUCUUCUGAGAAAGGCCCCACAGAAGGAAAGAAAAAAAUUUCCAGGUGUUUUAAAGGAAGAUUAAACAACUGUCCCUUCCCAACUGCCAUCCUAUCACCUUUCAAGUGACUGAUGCUAUUUCAAGUUAUAUCCAAUGAGAGAAUAGUGAUAUGGUUCUUGUUACUUGAAUGUAUAUUUACUAUUAGUAGAUUGUGUAUUUGAAGUUACCCAAGAUUAAAAGUAAGUCAAAAAAAUGGAGAAAGAAAUAUUAUAAAAGUUCAUGUUACUUAUGCACUGAAUUUUGGGUGUUUUCUAUAUUAAUAUGGACAUUUAUGUGGAUGUGUGUUUGGUGGAUGUGGGUGCUAAAAACUAGAAUCAAUUGAAGAAAAUGAAAAAACUGGGAUCAGUCAGACAAAAUGUUUCCUUUACCCUAGCUGAACUAUAAAAACAUUUAAGAAUCUUGCUUGUUUCUAGACUUUAUGAAGAUAUGUAACUGCUCUCUAUGGAUAGAUGUAUUUCUUUGGUUUCUGUGAUUGUUGUUGAUGUUUGAUCACUGUAUCAUGAGAACCUGCCUCUACUGCUCUCUGAUGAUCUCCUAAGAACCACACUAAUGCAAGUUUCCCAAAGAAACCUUUUAUUACUAAAGUACAGCUGGCACUGGAUAGUUUUCUGCACUGUAAGAUUUUGGUGCUAAUGUUCCUAUGUGCUGGAAUGUGAUUAGAACAAGAAUGGUAAAGGAGAAUUUUGUAGGUAUACCCUGGAGUUGAAUACUUAAUCAUUGACGAAAGAUUGUGUACACACACACACACACACACAAAUAGGAGAUGGGAAGCAGGGUUACCAAUUGACUAGGACUGGUUACUCUUCUCUGGGCCCAUUGCUACUGAACUCCCCCACUGAGGAGGCUCGGGACAGGGGGCUGUCCAUGGUUAGGGACUUCGCACCUAGCCACAUGUAGUUUGAAGAUGAUGUUAGAUAGAAUAUCUAUAUAAAAUCCCAGAGGUGUUCCUGUCUUCUUGUA